CCUGGGGAUGUGUUUCCAGCACAUAUCGAUAUUCACGUGUGGUGUCUGCCAGGCCUAAGUUUUCCUGAUUUCUCAUAUUUGUUGGAUGUCGGUCCAGUGCCGGGUCCGCAGCAACUUGAUCGGAACUACUACCACCUGUUAUCGUCCUGUGAACCGCUGGCCACUGGGUUCUUCGCUUCCGCUUCCAAAAGAGAUGCGUGUUCGUCCCCAACUCAUCGCUCUCGUCGCUCAUUAUGUCCAUUUAAAUGCCACCGCGUUCUAAGCCCCGCAACGCGUCAAGACAUAUGAAUUCGCUGUGGCCGUUGAAAGCCGCCGACGACGGCGCCGAUCCACCCAAGGGCCCAGUGGAUGUGGCAGACACGGGCGUUGCUGACCUCGGACCCAACACAGCCGGCACCGCACCCGGCCGCCAGCCCGCUCGACCACCGCUGCAACGAAACCAGAGCCAACCCCUUCCGCCCGCACAGCUCCCUCCGCCACCAGCCAGCCAGCCGCCCGACUCGCUCUCCCUCGCGCAGCUGAGGCGUAUAGUCUCCGAGUUCCCCCGCCUAGAACCCGUUGCGUACGACUUCAAAUACUCAGACACCGCCCCCCAUGCGGAGGAGAUCGAGGAGUGGUUUGUCUACCAGUUUUGGCAAUGGAUUCGGUUGAACUCUGCCCAGCGAGCCUUCGAGUGGCAAUGGGAACACGAUAUCGCUGCCAGGCAGGAUGAAAUCACCUGGGACCAGGCCGACGACGAGAUUAGGACACAUUUUAUCCUGCAAGCUCUGGACGGAGUUAAGGCUGACGACACCGCCACCCGUGUCGCCGCGAUCGGGAGGCUCACGUAUCUUGUUCUCGGCCGAUGGGCAGACACCGCCGGCGCUGCCCCCACCGGUGACAGAGCGAAGAUUCGAAGCGUAGCCGCCCCUGCGCAGCUUGCUGCGAUUAAUGCCAGUGUCAAGCUCAUCGCACAGUGGGAUGGCAUCCCCGUCAUAUGGGCAGCCUUGCGCAACGCCUACGAAUCAUUAUGGGUAGAUGAAUCCCUUCGGCCACAGGGAAAUAGCCUGCAGGAGGCCCAGGACGAACUUAUGAACUUGAUGACCAUCAUGUACAUGUGUAUACAGGAAACGUUGAACGACCAGGACGGCAUGGGUACCGUGUGCGAAAAGCUUCUGGAAUUGGAACCUCAUCUGACCAUCUUCAUGCUCACGGCGUCUGCAAAACUACGAUGGCAGGAAGUUAACAUCUUACCCGCAUCUCAGACUCUUUUGCUUUUGUGGAAGUCGAUUCUUCUUGAAUUUGGCGGGUCCAACGAGAUUAUGGACACCAAGAAGGCUCUUAGAGAAACGGCUACGGACGACAAGGAGAAGGAUCUUAUCACGACCACACCUCUAGACUACCAUGUCUUCCGAAGAGAGAUCACCUCAAAAUACCCAGCAUACGUACCUCCCCAACCAUUAUUGCCUCUCGAAGCAGAAAAUACCUCUCUCCUGCCCCCGUUACCAAACCAUUCCACUAGAAAUAAUAGCUCGAAUGGGAUCAUUCCCGCGCCCCCAGGUAUGCAGAACGGUGGGGCCUCGAUCCUACACCAACCCGUCCACAUCGCCACCCCAGCGCCGUCCCCCCCGCCGUCCCCGGCCGCUGGAGGAAAAGGAGGCAAAAAGCAGAACUACCAGACAAACCAGAACUUUCCGUUCAUGUAUCCGCCGUUGGAUGCUACCAGCAACAGCGCAGGUGGCAAGGGUACGGCCGGCCUUCAGGACUCCCUUGUCGGUCGGAAAUGGGAAGGUAGCGACGUGCCCGCGUCCAUCCUCGAAGCCGGCGAGCUCUUCUCGAGGCGAGUGCGCAUGACCCGAGCUACGAGGCAGCUAUGGGAAGAGCGCGAGAGAUUUCAAAAGUUUGAGAGAGGCUGGGACCCUUCAGACGAUGAUAUAGAAGAUCUAGACCUCGACGCCCUAUCUCUAAAUGACGAUGUCGAUGACGAGAAGCUUCUCGAAACGAUCGAAAAGCGACGGACGAAAGCCCGAGGAGCCGAGAUUGACUAUGGACCCGACCCAAACGUGGACCCAAAGGUCAAGCGACGGCUGGAGGCUAUCGAGUCGUUUUACGCCGCUGUUCUGCCGCAGCUUCAAUCCCUGGUUAUAGUCCUCAUGAAGGGCGUAUUGUUCAAUGUGACCGCGUGCAUCGCCCUUCCUAACGGUGGCCCGCAGCAAUCUGGGAUCUCUGGGAUCAACCAAACUCGGGUCAACGGCGGGCCUGCUACGUACAGGUCUCAAGACAGCUCCUCGGGCGUCAACAACUCGCCAAAUCACGACGGCGCCGAGCUUUCCUUGGAGGAGAUCGAUGCUACUAGGUGCAGAGAAAUCGAAUCGAAAGCGGCUACGGGAAUUAUUCUUUUGCUUCUCAAAUGGCUGAAAGUUUCGCAUAUUUUGAAGUUUGAAUACUUGGGGCAACUACUGCUGGACUCGAAUUAUCUACCCCUUGUCCUGAAGCUGUUCGCGCAUCAGGACAUUCAACAGGUAGUCGAUAGUAGGGCCGAUCGUGUUGAAUAUAGUUUCUUUCAAUUCUGCAACGACCGCGCCGCUCCAGCGGAGAGACCGCCAGCAGAGGUAACCGGGGCCGAUGGCGCCGAAUAUGAAAGCGAUGAUGAGGCCGCGCCACCACCUAUAAAAAGGCGGCGAUCGCCACCGGAACAAGCAGGGGCGUCGGCAGAAGGAAGCGAGGCCGUGAGCAACAACGAGGGCCAAGUACCCGCUCGCCCCGAAGUAGACGAGCUAGGUUAUCCAGUGAAUCCUCUACCAAAGGAGCCUAUCACGGACUUUUCGCGCCGCAAUUUCUUCUCACUCAUCAACUACCUGCGGAUCAUGCAGAAGAUUUGCAAGAACAAGGCCCACCGUAACUUACUACUCGUACAGUAUAAGUCGUCGAACAUCAUACGCAAAUCCCUCAAGGUGCCGCAGAAUGAGCUGCGGCUCUAUACGCUCAAGCUCUUCAAGAAUCAAGUGCCCUACUGCGGCCGUAAGUGGCGGCAGAGCAACAUGCGUGUCAUCACGGCGGUGUAUCUACACUGCCGGCCCGAGCUCCGAGACGAGUGGCUGGCGGGCGGUGACCUGGAGACGGAAAUCGACGACGCGCUCCCUCUCGAGCAGGCGCUCCGAAGCUUGACCCAUUGGUUCAAUGUGCGGAGAUAUCCGGACCAGAUGGCGCCAGAGAUUAGAGAAGCACUCCGAAACGAGCAGGACUUCUUCAAGCGCGAGCUCGAAAAGCUUGACGUAUGGGCUGACGUAGGUCAGGUGGAGAGUCUGAAUGGCGGCGAGUGGGAGCACCUCGGGCACGGUUCCGCUUACGGCUGAACAUUUCCACCGGAGAGUGCAGAGGACGCGCGAGUAUCCCCGUGGC